AUGGAAGAGGAAUAUUCUUGGGAUAGUUACUUGAAUGACAGACUUUUAUCGACUAAUCAAGUAUCAGCAGCAGGAUUAGCUUCGGAGGAGGACGGAGUAGUGUAUGCUUGUGUUGCCCAAGCCGAUGAGAACGAUCCCAACUUUGAUAAGUGGACGCUCUUUUAUAAGGAGGACUAUGAGAUAGAAGUAGAAGACGAAAAUGGUAACAAGAGUAAGAAGACUAUCAAUGAAGGACAAACUUUAUUAACAGUAUUUAAGGAGGGUUAUGCACCCGAUGGUGUAUGGCUGGGGGGAACCAAGUAUCAGUUUAUAAACAUUGAAAAAGAUUUAGAUUUUGAAGGGUGCACAUUCGACGUUGCUACAUGUGCCAAAUUGAAAGGGGGGCUUCACUUAGUUAAAGUACCUGGGGGAAAUAUUUUAGUUGUGAUAUAUGACGAGGAAAAGGAGCAGGAUAGAGGAAACUCGAAAAUUGCGGCUUUAACAUUUUCGAAGGAAUUAGCCGAGAGUGGCCAGUGA